AUGGCGAUCAAAUCCCUGGAAAGGGACGAGAAUGGCCAGGCCCGUUUCUUUGGCUGUUCGAACAUCCGUGACUAUGAAUUCCUCGACAAGCUGGGAGAAGGAACAUUCGGCGAGGUCUACAAAGCAAGGUCCAAGAAGGACACCAAAAUUGUGGCCUUAAAAAAGAUCCUAAUGCACCACGAGAAAGAAGGUUUUCCCAUUACCGCCAUCCGAGAGAUCAAACUCAUGAAGGCGCUCUCCCACCCGAACAUUCUGCAGCUCAAGGAGAUGUCAAUUGAGCGAGGCAAAGGCGAAGGACGGAAAAAGCCGAGCAUGUACAUGGUCUUUCCAUACAUGGAACAUGACUUGUCAGGACUCCUGGAAAACCCGGCAGUUACGUUCACCGAACCACAGAUUAAAUGCUACUUGAUGCAACUCCUCGAAGGGCUCAAGUUCAUGCAUGCAAACCGUAUCCUACAUCGUGAUAUGAAAGCGGCGAACCUCCUAAUUAGCAAUGGAGGAAUUCUCCAAAUCGCUGAUUUUGGUCUUGCUCGGCCUUACGAUGAUGCCCCUCCACUACCCGGAAAAGGAGGAGGAGAAUCCAAAAGAGAAUACACUGCACUUGUUGUCACGAGGUGGUACCGUCCCCCAGAGUUGUUGCUACAGCUACGGAAAUACACAACGGCUAUUGACUUGUGGGGGGUUGGCUGUGUUUUUGGCGAGAUGUUCAAGGGCAAGCCCAUCCUCGCUGGGAACAGCGAUCUUAACCAAGCAGAACUGAUAUUCAAUCUCGUGGGCACUCCCAAUGAGGAGAAUAUGCCCGGAUGGAGUCAACUCCCGGGUUGUGAGGGCGUAAAGAACUUCGGAAUCAAGCGCGGGAACCUCCAUGGAUUCUUCAAAGACCUAAACCCGGUAGCUAUUUCUCUAUUAGGCGAGUUCCUCCGACUAGACUGGAGGAAACGCAUCAACGCCAUGGAUGCAUUGAAGCACCCAUAUUUCACCACCCACCCACUCCCAGCACGACCCGGCGAAAUCCCCCAAUUUGCAGAUUCCCACGAACUCGACCGAAAGAAGUUCCGCAGCCAGCGGGUGCCGAUGCCCCCGGUCCCCCCAGCCCCCUCCGACACAAGCAAUGGUGGUUGGCCAAGCUCUGGUUCUCGUGGACCAGACUCCCGACAUAGCCGCGUCCCUGGCGCCGCCCGCGGAGGCCGACCAAAUGCACCAGGAACGCAUGGAGGCCAUGGACAUCACGCAGCGCACGGACACCCGCAACGCCGCGGGCCUUUUCCACCUACACAAAGAGAUAUCGGAUUACCCCCGCGUCCUCCCGUACCAAACAACCCCCCAUGGGAUGGAUCGCAAUCCAACAGACCUGACGGGAGAGAUGAUCGCCGAAAUCAGUUCGGACAAGGUCGCCCAGGAGGCAGAUCAGGGAACCUGGAUUCUUAUGUUCCGAAUUACAGCAGCAAUGACCGCGGCAGUGACCGCGCCAACGAUCGCUCGCGAGAUUCUGGCGAGCAUGGCUCGCAUUCAAAUGCCGAUUGGCGCUCGACAAGUCGACGUGAUUACCGCCGGGAUCCCCCAUCAAGAAGAAGGAGCCGCAGUCCCGGCUACAGAGAUGGGAGUCGAGGUUAG